AUGGCCCAAUUUCGUUACCGAUCUGGUUGUGGGCUUGAAUCUAACUUCUUAGACCUCAAUUUAUGUACCAAAUGUCAUCUAAUCAGUUGUCAACAGUGCCAAGAUUUUGAAGUGGUAGGAAAGUACUGUUCACAGUGUGGGAAAGAUGCGUCCAAGAAUGAUGCCGUUUAUUGCCAUAAGAACUGUUUCCAGUGCCCUUGCUGUGCAAUGUCGUUGCAGAUUAUCAGCAACAAGGACGAGAACAACACUGACCACAGAAGUUAUUCUUUUAAGUGCCAAGGGUGCAAUUGGUCAUAUUGCACGCCAGUGGUACCAAAGAUCAAAUCUUUGACUAAAUAUAUCAUCGAGCUUGAAUACUCCACUGAUACCCAUCGCAGAUUUGAAUCAUUGCGGCAGUUUUACCAUACAAGGAACACAUUAAAUAGUUUAAGUUUGAAACCAGAGUCAUUAAAAUUUGAUGCUUUAGACCCCAGCAACCUUAACUCAUGGUGGAAACGUCUAGCAAAUGGGGAACCUUUGUGGAAAUUGAUCAACGAAGAGAAUGCUAUACCUUUCGAUGAGUUAAAACAGGAAAACAAACAUUGGCUACCUAGUUUGUGCAAAUUACGCCCAAAGUAUAACUACUUUUGCCCAUACUGCAAACGAUGCAUGACUAGAAUGGAUCCAACACCAGACACGGUAAAAUGGGUUAAAACUCCUCCUAUAUAUUCAGGCAUUCCCCGUAUCUCGGUGAUAUCAAGUUAUCAAUGUACGCAACUAUACAAAGAAUUCGAUCAUGAUAAUAACUUAAUGUUGCUAAUUGAAAAUACUCGACAGGACAGUAACGCCACAUUAAAGAUCAACGCUGAAGAAUCAUUGCUAGUGCCAAAUCAUGAAUUGAGCAUUUUUGCAGCGAUAAAAACUAAUCAGAAACGGAAGGAUAACUUAGAACAGCUUCAAGAUGUUCUUCAUUCACUGCCGACUCACAUGUUAAACACUUCUCCAGACUCUGAUAAAUUGCUAAGAGUAGAGAACACAAGAAGACUAGGAUUAUUGAACAAAAGGCUCUCGUCAGAUAAUCUAAGGAUCAUUGACGAGGGUACUGGAUGGAUCGUCAUUCCUCUCAUGAUAAUCAAUCGAAAACCUCGGUACGAAAUUGAUAUAUUCGUGCAUUUUGAAGAUUGGGAUUUAAGUAUGAGCGCGUUUAUAGAUCUGUAA